AUGCAAAGCACUGGCCCACACCCACAAGUGGAGAAUGCGGUUCUUGAGGCCUUGUCGACGAAAAAGGUCACCAAUUUUGAGCAAUUGUGCUACUUGUUGUUUGGCGAGUAUGUCUGCCGCAUGGCGGCUGAGUUGGGUGCACAAUAUGGACGGCGACCGGACUUUGUCUUGGAGCGCGCUGACCUUCUCUUGAAGGAGAAACGAGGGCCCAACAGGGCAAACAAGUUCCGAUCGUAUAUAAGCCGGAUGCGCAAGGAUGACAUGCAGGGAACAUUCUGGGCAGUGACCAAGGAAGAAAAGGCCAAGUUCAUGGACCAAUGUUAUACUGACUACAUGCAGGGCACUACCACCAGCGAGGAAAGGGAAGAACGCAUGCAAGACAUUUACGAGCAGCUUCAAGACGAAAUCGUGGAUGGUGGAUCGUCUAUCGUUGCACCGGAGGUUCGCUUUGAACGCUGGCACACGAUGAUUGAGCGUUUGCUAAACAUCAUCCGGCGCACUGACCCCGAAUUCGACAUCACAGGCUUUAUUGUCUAUUCAGGAGACAAGCCAUCCGUGCAUCAAAAGGACGGCCUUUUCGUCAACUCAUCCUUUUUAAAGGAUGUCUUCGAGCGUGAAAAUUAUCCUAUUAGGAAGUGGACUGAUGUCUUCGCCACUACUGUUCAAGCGGCACGAUAUCAACAGGAAUUAAGGCAAGAUUUACAGAUUGACAACAACCUCGAAAGAAGCAAAGACGUACCUGUUCCAAGCAAGAGCAGCAGAAAGACUUUGGCCACCAGUUCGCUUUCCGAAAGGUUUGCACCCUCGAAGGAAAGCCAGAAAGACUUCAAGCAGAUAUUUAGGAGCAAAUGGCACGAGGCCGUUCCACACCCGAAGAGUACAAGAACUACGAUGCCGUUGACAACAUUUGUGAACUAUGCGGAGAUGGAGAAAGUCGCACUCACUGGGUGGCCUUCGAACCAGGUUGACACUCCCUUGGGCCCGAAUUUCAUAUCAGGCAAGUUGUCUCACAAGCAAUGGGCGUUGCUCGCCAAUUUGUUGGACUCGGGGAAGAUGAAGAUCACUCCUUGGGAUCAAAAAUUGCUUCAAAUAUCGGAGACUAGUGCCCAGUAUGGUGAAAUCCCCCUUGUCUCCAGUUUCAACGGCAAGCUACAAAUCCAGAAAAAAAGCGAAAAGAAAGCAGAAAUAAGUCACUACCACUCUUGCAAAAUAGGACUCGUUCCUGCCAUGCUUGCAAUGGCCUCUUACACAAGUCUGGCACCUUUGACGGAUGAGAGUUAUGAGUCCUUACGAGUUUACGAGUAA